AUGAAUAUAGAUGCUAAGAUAUCAAUUAAAAAAGUCCCUAAGAGCUCCAAAAAAAUGGAUACAAUGCAGAAUAAUAAAUGUGACUGUACUGACGAGUUAUCAAUAGCUAAUGUGAUAACUUUAUCGUCAUCAGAAGAACCGCCUGCAAAUAAAACAGUUAAACGAUCAUAUCAUAAGAAAAAUGACAAAAUUGUUGAAAAUAAUCGUGCAACAAUUACAAAAUCAGUCAGAAAAUGCCGAUAUACAGGGACAUACAGCGCGAAGAAUUGGAAUAAGCAACCACAAAUCAUAAAGACUGUUAAGCUAAAGGAUAGAUUGGCUGAGAUAGAAAAACUGAUUAGUCAAAACAAAGAUACAGGAAUUAUUUUGGACUACGAUGAAAAUGAAGCUAAGAAGUUUUUUGAGGCACUGGGAAUACGUCGUAUUUGUCCAUCUCAUAUGUAG